AUGUCUUUGGUUAGGAAAAGGAAAAGAUUCAUUACUACUAAUGAAUAUAUAGCCAAGUUAUAUAAUGUACUUCCAGGUGGCAAGAAUAUAAAUAUUCCAAAGAAACCAUUGAUAUUAAUAGGAAGAAGUUCUGCCUGUGAAGUACGAAUAUUAGGAAGUGAUGUAUCUUCUAGACAUUGUCAAAUGACUAUAAUUCCAAGUAAUGCAGCCAAUACUCGUGAAUAUUUACAUAUGGAAGAUUUAAGUACUAAUGGAGUUUAUGUUAAUGAAGAAAAAUUAACUAAAGGUGAUAAAGUAAUACUACGAAGUGGUGAUAAACUUCGAUUUGCUAAAACUGGAGGCUCAUAUAUUUUUCGUUAUUCAAGUGAUAUCUUAAGUGAAAAAUCAACAGAAACUUCAUUAAAUAAAGUAAUUCAUAAACGAACAUUCUUUGAUGAUUAUAUACUUGGAAUUCAAUUAGGUUCAGGACAUUAUGCAGUAGUUAAAGAAGCUAAACAACGAAGUACAGGAGAAAUUGUUGCUGUAAAGAUAUUUCAUCCUAAUAAAUCAGGUAAUAAAAAUAGUACUAAUGAACAAGCAAAAUUAGAACAAGAAAUGAAUUUAUUAUUAUCUAUUAAUCAUCCAAAUAUAGUUAAAUUUAUAUCUCAUUAUAUUGAACCAAUUAAUGAAUAUGCAGUAACAACUUAUUUAGUAUUAGAAAAGAUGAAUAGUGGAGAAUUAUUUCAAAGAAUUGUUAAUAAACUGAAAUUAAGACCUAAUGAAACAAAGGCAUUCUUUAAACAAUUAUUAUCAGGAUUAAAAUAUUUACAUGAUAAUAGUAUUAUUCAUCGAGAUAUUAAACCAGAAAAUAUUCUUUUAGAUAUUACUCCAAGAAUAAAUCUUGAAGAUAAACAAACAGGACCAUGGGAUGAAGAUGAAUUAGAUAUUAAAGUUAAAAUAGCUGAUUUUGGAUUAGCAAAAUUUAUUGGAGAAUUAAAAUUUACAAAUACUUUAUGUGGUACACCAGCAUAUGUUGCACCUGAAGUACUUAGAAAUGAUAGAAAUUAUACAACAAAAGUUGAUGUUUGGUCUACUGGUGUAUUAUUAUAUGUAUGUUUAUGUGGAUUUCCUCCAUUUAGUGAUGAAUUAGGACCUCCAAGUAUGAGAGAUCAAAUUCUUCAAGGAAAAUAUGCUUUUUAUUCUCCAUAUUGGGAUAAUAUAGUAGAUGAUGCUCUUGAUUUAAUUACUAAUCUUUUGGUUACAGAUUCUCAAGAAAGAUAUGAUGUAAAUCAAACUUUGGAACAUGUAUGGUUUCAAACUGAAGACAUUGAAAAUUCUCCUGUAGAAGAACAAGAACAAGAACAACAAGAAAAUGAUGAGUCAAUGACAAUUUCAAGAGCUGGUACUAGAAAUGAAAGCUUGAUAUCAUUUAUAUCGAGAUCAAAUACUCAACCAUUAACUUUACGUGAUAGAUUUUAUAGUAAUCUUGAAGAACGAACUUCAGUUUUAUAG